CAAUCCGGAAAUGUCAACAAUAAAUGACUCUAACUGGGAGUAUGCAAGUUUGAUGUGAGGUGUUGCAACAUUCGUUGGUUUGGAAACGUUGAUAUUACUUAUUCGUCCGAUUUACUGAAGCAAUAAGACUUCCCACUCUCAGAAUAAAGACAGAAAACAUGGGAGGCACAUCAUCGUCAAGGGGUCAAGUGUUAGCACCUGCUGGACCACCUGCCCCCCCUGAGCCCCCCUAUCCUGGACCAGCUGCAGAAUACAACUUCAUUAACACGGAGGUGUCGAUGACCAACAACAUCAGUUUUUCUUCAACAAGCAACAUGGUGACGACCAACAUCGAUUCUUAUUAUCCUAUACUGGGACAGAAAUAUGCAGCAGGGUUCCGCCUCCUCACUUUCUACCGCAUACCUGGGGGAGCACAGCGACAGGGAGGUCUCUUCAGCAUGUCCGUGGCCAUACCUUUCCAGGGUGUGUUCUGUCGCUACCCACAAAUGCCGAGUCAGCAGGGCUGGCAGCUACGUGUGGUCAAGUCUGUCAUGGUAGCCCAGAGGAUGGGACAUGGCUUGAUUCAGCUCAACCAACAGGUUGUGGGAGACACGUCCCAGAUCUAUCAGGCCAUCGUGGACAACACCAACACAGGCGGACGUCUCAUCUGUAUUGAGAUGACAGGUCAGCAACAAGGCCAGGGCUUCAGUGCCGCCAUGCAAGGAAUCAGCCCAAUCAUGGGAGUGGACUUGUUCUUCGAGAUCCCCAAUUCCCCAAUGUCCGAGCGUUACCUCUACCAGUGCGUUCCCCUCCCCGUGCACAUACAGGCUAAUCUUUCCUUUGGAACAUCUGGGGUCAGGGUCACCUGUGACUGGAACGGGAUGCUGGGAUCACAGUUAGCUCAGGGCUGGAAGCUGGUUGAGAUUUUCUUCGACAUGGGCCAAGCACGUCAUGGUGCAUUCUCGACAUCAGCGUCUCUCAACUCUGUGUGGUUCUUCGAGAAACCUGCAUCACAAGUCAAUAACAACAGGCCAGUUUACCAGGGAACUGUUGUCGAACAUUACGUCUCAAUGUCAUCGGGAUUCGGGGGGGGUGCAUGCCACUACCAACUGGGAGCCUAUCAUUCAACAGCUGGGGCUGAAGGGAUGGGAACUUGCUUGUUUUGUGGAGACGCCAGAAAGCAGGAUGACUGGUUUUGGAAAAGCUGAAAUGAAAGUUUUAUUGUUUUUUCAGAGGCCAAUCCUACCCCCUGUUGGUGCACCCCCCCAAUCCAUGCCUGGUCCCUCCUAUCCCAACCCUGGGGGCCCAGCACCACCCCCGGCAGCAGGUUUCCUUUAUGAUCAAGGACAUCAUCAGCCCCCAACUGACCAAAAACCUCCCCCUUACUAGGGAUAGCUUGCAGUCAGUGAGAACAAAUCCCCAACAUCCAAAAACAUAGCUUGUAUUACCCAUAUGCUGCUUUAGACACUAGGAGUUACAGUAAUCACAAUAUGUUAUAUAUAUGUUGGUUUAUUCUUUUCUGUUUUUUUGUAAAUUUUUAAAUAUUUUAAUCUCUGUGUAUUAAAUGAGAUGGCAUAUCCAGGGUUUCAUUCAUGUAAAAUAAUGCAUGGAAUUCGGGAAUGAACACAUAUAAUUUAGAUUACAGCUCCAGCUGGAUACAACAAUGCUAUGACCAUUUGAAUCAACAAAACGAUCAAGCUGGAUGUAACUAAUAAUUCUACCCUGAUAAGAAAUAAUGUAAACUUUGGGAUGUUAGUGGGUAAUUUCAUUAAAUGAAUGCUCAUAAAAGGCUCAUGCUGGGAGAGGAGUUUUAGAAAAUGUAUUUAUUGGCUGCAAGAAUACUUUGCGUUAAUGUUUUAUUGUCACUUCCCAUGUAACUUUGUAAGCAUGGUUCUGGAUAUCUUUUGAAAAAUAUUCUCUGUUUUUGGAUGUGUAUAAUUUCCUACCAGUGAAGAAGCAUGGAUAUCACAUGAUAUCAACCAGGUACAAAGAUAUCAGUUUGUACUGGUGUUAUUAUUGUGAAGUUGUGCAAGUAUAUUGAAGUGUAUGUAUUAUUUCUAUCAAAGGAUAAGCUACUUCUUUAUACGAUGUAUAGAACGUGCCGAAGAACAGACUGCAUGUGACCGAUUGCUUGAAGGUGUUGUCAGACUAACAGUAUUCUUUGUUGCAGUGAUUUUAGUAGGUUAUUUCAAAGUACUUUGUAUGUUAAGAUGAGCAUUUUUAAUUGAAACUGGCUUUCAUAGGAGAUAUUGCUUGGGUGAAAUCUAUCUGUAGAAUUUGUUUUAAUGAAACUAGAUCACAGUAUUUUUCAUUCCACGUUGUUGUCAUCAGUCAACAUUGCUGGUGUCCCCCGCCGUGAUAUUGCUGGAAUAUUGCUAAAAAAGCAGCAUAAAACUAAACUCAGUCAGCAGUCAGUCAUCAGUCAAACAAACAAAUGACAUCACUGGCCUCCUUCCUACUGAUUUUGUUUAGUAGGACUGCAGCCAUCCCUCGCAAUAACGACCUCCGCUGUACCACGGUUUCAGUUUAACCGCGGAGAAAUCUAUGGCUGCCAUAUUUGAACUCAAGAAUUGGGUUAAUUUUUUUCAAACUGGAAAAGGUUGAAAAAUGAUUUGGAUGAUAAAUAUAAUCUAACCAUUGUUUAUAUAUAUGUACAGUGCUAUCCUCAGCCAUCCAUCCACAUAUGAAAUGGUUGAUUCUUUACAACACAUAAUGGUUAUACAUGUAUAUAUAGAAUAUGAAACAUUAAAGGAUGAUUCAUUACAUGGUGUCUUUUAAAUCAUUUUCUAUACUUUAAACAAUAGAUUAGGUCUGUGGCCAGUAUUUCUCAAUAUAUUUUGUCAUAUAUAGUUUCAUAUAUGGGAUUAUUUUAGUUUUAGUUUUGCCAAAGUGUCUUGUGAUGCAGAAUAUGUUUAUGUUAUGGAGAAGUUAUUGGUUAUGGUUAUUGCUGCAAAUACAUGUUGAGAAUAAUCUUCAUUUUUUGUCUCCAUUAAGCCCAGUAAUGAGUUUAGUAAAAUGAAACGUUCAGUCUAUGUUAAUAUUUUUAUUAGCUCCGGAUCUCUACUGUGAAAUGAGUCCUCUAUCGGGUUCACAUAAUGUUGACUCAUUUAGAGAUUUUUUGUCAAUUGUACAUAGACUUUACAUACUUUUCUUCUCUUUGUUCUCUUCUCUUCUGUCUAAGGCGGUGGGGUAAGUGGUUAAAGUGUUUGCUUAUCACGCAGAAUACCCAGGUUCGAUUCCCACAUGGGUACAAUGGGUGAAGCCCAUUUCUGGUGUCCCCUGCUGUGAUAUUGCUGGAAUAUCGCCAAAAGCAGUGUAAAACUACACUCACUCACUCACUCUCACUCACCUGUCUUCUCUGUUUUAUUUGCUUAUUUGUCUGUUGACAUAAUAAAAGUGCUACCAGGUAAUAACAAAUAAUAACAGCAUGUAAAAUGUUAUUGAAGUUAUUAUAGAAACAGGGUUGUGUUUAGUUGUGGUCAGUGUUGUCAUUGACAAGAGUCGAAACAUAGUAUUACGCUGAAGAGUAAUCCGAGGUUGUGGUCUGUGCUGUAGAUCACCUUCCGACGUUAUGCUGUGAUAUGUUAUAAAUUAUAAAUAUUCCACUGACUUUAAGCCAUUAUUUGUAUGUAUGUCUGAUUCAGGUAUUCAAUAAUGGACAUGUUUAAAAAUCUAAUGUUGGAUGCAAAUUUUGAUUCUUUAAGUUUAGGAGAUAUGGGUUAAUGUAAGAUUUCUCUGACGAACUCAACCCAAAGAACUUCUUGAUGUUUUAUAUAAUAUCUUGCUAUCAUUCACAUAUCUUAAUUUACCAUGAGACUGGUAUCACUGUGAGGGCGAGUUCAGAGAACAAUCAGUGAAAUCAGCUGCAAGCUCUGAGCACUACUGGUAUUUUGAUCAGUAAGACAGUAGGAUUUUCCUGUUGUUUGCUGUAUAUGUGAUGUGUGGGUUGUCAAGAGAUAUAUUUGCUAUUCUUCAUAACAGUGUGUUUUGUAGUAUUACAGACAAUUCAACAUUUUCAGAAUUAAGUUUCUGAUCCAUAUGUCAUAAUUUAGGGAUUCAUUUUUUUCCGACAUUUUAACUUUUGAACCGGUCCCUAAGCUCAAGUCACUGUUGAUUUUAUCUCUGUUAAUCAUGUGAUAUGUGUUAUUAUGAUUAUACAUACUAUAGGUGAUUGUCCAGGUCAGGCCAGUUGAAAAAUUAUUCUUGUUUCUCAUGACUUUUCUUCCAAAAUCAAUGAAAGACGACUUGCUUUUAAUGUAAGAUGUCUGACCUCCCCUUGACACCCAGGCGACUGGAAGUACGGGAUGGCCAUGUUGACCAGGCAGUAGCGUCAAGAUGGACAUGAGAAAUAAGGAACAUAUUUUAACUACCUCAUGUGUACCUGCUUUACUUGUGUUUUCUCGUCAUAUAUAUGUAUACAUGUAAUUAUGUUGUAAUAACUGAAAACUUGACCAAGUCUGUGUGCAAAUUCGUAACUCAGUAAAAGAGAACAUUUGGA